UUGCUAGCGGAACCGAAACUUGCUAGAUUUCCGACUGCUGACCGGCUGGGAGUUGCUGGUCGACCAGCGAUUAACACGCUCCAUUGAAACUCCGCCGGGUAACAAAUCGAGUCGCGACGCAUUUGAGAAGGAGAUGGACCGGGCGGAGAUAGACAAUUUUCUAGAGGCCAUGUAUGCCGAGGGGCUGGCGGCCCAGCAAACGGUGGUAAACCCCGAGACGUUGGCGCUGAGCCAGUCCGAGGUUCCGGUGGUGAUGCCGAUGCCGCACCAGUCUCAUCUUGGUGAGGAUGGUCUGCCUACAGUGCAGGCGGGGACCCAGACGGCCGGCGGGGAUCAGAGGGGAAGCGUUGCGGCUGGGCAACAGAAGGAGCGGAUGCCUGCCCACAGGCGUGGUCCUCAAAAGGUGGUGCAACCGGCGGACGAUGUCAUUGUGACAAGGGAGGAGCCGCCAGUGAGGGUGACGAGGACCGCCGCCGGGAACCAGAGGGCGCUGGAGAGAAAACGCUGGACGGCUGAUUCUCCUGACGAGGAAGAGGAAGAUGAGGUGGAGGUGGUCGGGGCCCGCCGUCAGAAGAAGGCCCGACUGGCUCCUGCGAAGACUGCGGCGGUGGAGGGAGAGGCGCCCGCCGUCAGUGAGUUGGACUCGUUCGCCGAGUAUGCACCGUUUAUGACAGAAGGGGAGCGGGAGUUCCUCUUCCAUCUAUGCGAGCGGCUGGGGUUCGGCGGUCUGGCGGGUAUAUCGCGCCCGACGGCAAUUGACCAAUCGCCCUUCAGCUCGGCGUUUGGUCAAAUAUCGGCGGGAUUACAUGAUAUGUUCGUGGCGGCGUCGAAGCAGCCCCUGAUUGAGGGAGAGCUUAGGGAAGAAAUCGGAGGUCUCCAGAGGGAGUUGGCGGAGGCAAAGGAGAAACUGGCGGAGGUCGAGCGGGGGCUGGCCAAGGCGGAAUGUGACUAUGCGGACGUCCGCGGCAAGCUCAAUGUGGCCAUCAGGCGGGACUUGGAGUGGAAUGAACGCGUCUCCAAGUUGGAGCAGGAGAUCGCCCUGCUGCAGGAGCGGAUAACCGCUAAGGAUAAAAAACUCAUUAUAGUGCAGCGGGAGUCCGCCGACAGGAUGGCCGAAGUGAAGCGGCUGGGGGUGAGGUUACCCGCCUGAGAGCUGAAGGGAGUACCGCCGCGUCCGCCGCUGU